AUGAUAGCUGUUCUUGGAGUCCACGCGGCCGGCAAUCUGGUAAACACGUAUUACGACUACAUGAAAGGAAUUGAUAGCAAAGUAUCAGACGAUCGUACUCUAGUUGAUCACCUUUUAACGCCUAAAGAGGUUGUCAAUCUGGGCGUUCUUUCCUAUGGCCUCGCCACCCUUGCCCUUGUGUCCUUGGUUGGAUUAUCAUCAGCGAAAAUGGAACAUUUGUCGUUCUUGUUCUUCGGAGGACUAUCUGGCUCGUUUUUAUACACUGGUGGUGUUGGGCUAAAAUAUUACGGUGUCGGUGAUAUUGUUAUUGUUAUCACGUUUGGUCCUUUGGCCGUCCUUUUUUCUUAUCUGACUCAAUGUGGUAAUGUGGCGUUGUUUCCGCUGGUCUUUGCCAUUCCUGUGGCUUUGAGCACGGAAGCUAUUCUUCACAGCAACAACACGCGAGAUAUGGAGACUGACAAAAAAGCCGGUGUAGUAACGUUGGCUAUCAUUCUUGGCCAGCAGCUCUCAUAUGUACUCUAUUGCCUCCUUCUGCUUGCUCCAUACAUGAUAUGUACUGUGCUCUCAGUCAACUUAUCUGUACGUUUCCUUUUACCCCUUAUCACGUUGAGAAUGGCUUUCAAAUUGGAAAGAAGCUUUCGGGAAGGAAAACUUAUUCUGCUUCCUCAACAAACUGCUAAAUUGAACUUAAUGUUUGGGUUACUGUACACUUUAAGUUGUUCAGUUGCCCCUCUAAGUCUACCCAGCUAAAGGUUAGCACAUUGGUAAAUGGAUUGGAUAGUGACUGUGUAGUCUGUGUAGCAUUAUAAUUUUUGGGGGAGUUCUAUUUUUUCAGAUUGAAGUUUCUUUGUUGUUUUGUGUGAAUGAAUGCUUGUGACUCCCCAGUAAUGAAUUGUUUUUAAUUCUCUGUUCAAUUAGAGGACCAUAAUAGUGUGCUUUUUUUUUUAGGUGGUAGUUGGUAAAAUUUCCCCUCUGUGGUACCUCUUAUCACCCCUCCCUUAAAUCACUUAAUUGGAAUUCAACAGGCAAAAGAAUUGUUCUACCAGGUAAAAAAUUUCUUUUAACUGAUGUGCUUGAAGUAAGGAGGCCACUUUUACUGCUUGUAGGGCUAGAAAAAUGGACAUGUCAAGUGUUUGAUUGGAGUGAGUGAGAGAAUUUUGCUGAGUUUUAUAUUAAGGCAUUCCUUUUUCUUUGGAAUUUAUUAUUUUUUCGUUGAUCAAGACCAACCCAUUAGUCUUUAUAAAUCUGAUGUUACUGCAGUCCAUGGUCCUCAGUCAUGUUAAUUUUGGGGGCACCCAUUGUAGUCUGUAGACCUGUAGUCAAUGUUUGUGUAAGCAUGCAAGGGUUAUGGAAGUAGCAUUGAAAGUUUGUAUUGAUUAGGUCAGGUUUUCUGCAAUCCAGCAAAUGGAUUUAUUGGGUAUGUUCCUGGCAACUCCACUGGUAGCAUUUCUUCAAUAGUCAUGUAAUUGCCUCAAUCAAUCAGUGGACAGAGUAGUCUUCAAAAAGUUUUUAACUUUGGUUGUAAGUUGUAAAUUAGGCCAACCUCAUAAAGUGUUUUUUUAACACAGCCUGAACAAACCAGUUUUAGAAAAGAAGAACAAAAAUAAACCAACACCCAACAAUAAAAAAUGUAAAAAAAAAAAAGCAUAAAGGAAUGGAAAAUUUUGCUUUGAAUUCAUGGUCUUGAACAACUCACACCUCUUAUUAUUCCUUAAUACCAUGGUCCAACCAAGCCUAAGAAAGAAUCUGUUGAUAUCUGGGUUUUCAUAGUAUUUAAGAAAAAGUCAUUUUGAACACAAAUUAAAUGUUAUAUUGCAUCAAAAGUUGACUUUGUAUUUUUAUCGUAUUAAACCUCACCCUAGAUAAUAAAUCAUUAUUGGAUGGGGAUGAGUAUGAUAUCAUGAAUUAUCAAUGCAGAGGUCUGAGUUAUCUGGCAAAGGGGAAGGCUUGGACUUGACAUGAUAACCCAAUGUUUGCUGCAGAUAUUGAGUUCAAAUAUCAACUUGACAUUGUAUAUUGACUACAUGCUCUCAACCAAAAAUACCAUAAAUGUAUUUAUCAGUAAUUGGUGAUACAAUUGAAUCUGAUCUUUUUCCAUAGUUACAUUUCAUAGGAUCAGACUGAGUGUUUCUUUAGGUACUAAAUUGACACUGUUUUCCUUGAAAUUCUUUACUAAUAAAUGUUUAAAUUUGUAACCAGUAUAGGAAAUUAGGAUGAAGCUUUCAAUUGAAGAAUUGUUUGUUGCGAAUGAAAUUUUCUGGGUUUUUAUCCUUUUCCUUUGAUUCUUUUGGUUGCAAUUCACUACCUCAAAAGAAAAAUAUACUUGUUUGUCUCACGAUGUGGUCACUUCAGAUGUGGAUUGCUAUUUGACAUUCUUAACUUGCCAAAAGCGUAGAUUCUGGCUCAAGAAAACCUACUGGUAAAAAUAAUCCAAUUACCUAGUUAGUUAGAAAGAAGUCUCAUUGAUUCUCUGCAUUAAAUAAUUAAAAAAUUAUGAGUUACAAUAAAACCAAAAUAAAUUUGUUUUCCCACUAUUCCAUCCAUGUCCUCUGCAGAACAUGAGAAGAAAAGUCAUCCAAAUUGAGCUAUCAGUUUUUAAGAAUAAGUUACCUUUAAAGCUUAUCUUUUUGCAAUAACAUUUUAGUCUCUUGUUAUUGUUAUUACAUAUUUUGUCAGCAUUGGAUUCACUAUAAGCUUCUUUCAAAAUUAUUCUGAAUUUUUAAGAGAGAACACGUUCACUUUUGUCUAAGAACUAGCAAAAGGAAUAUUGCAAUUUAUUCAUUCACCAAAUUAAAACCAUCAUAGGCGAAAAAAUCAGGUUACAUUUUUGUGCAACUUCAAAGAAGUCUUCAACCACCAUUGAAGAUUUAUGGGGGGUAAUAAAUAUAAUAAGGUAUUGUUCAGUGUUACCAACUGACUUGAAAACAUAAAUUGGCCAUCGUAAAGAGUUAAAAGGCUGACGUUUCGAACGUUAGCCCUUCGUCAGAACGAUUGGAGGUGUUGUGAGUUGCUUGUGGGUUUAUAUGCAGAAAAUGGAUCAACGCUAUUGAUGGGAAAAGUAAACCCCCGCAUAACCCACAAUUCCUCCAAUCGCUCUGACGAAGGGAUUACGCUCGAAACGUCAGCCUUUAAACUCUUUAGGAUAGCCAAUUUACUUUUUUAACUCAGUUGAUAACACAACUUUACCCUGUCAUUUUAUACUCUCCCACCGACGCAGCACCACAGUAAACUGUGGUGCAGUCCCCCUUGAUGCAAAUUAUGACCUUAAAAGCAACCACUCGAAGAACGUUUUGAGUAGAUGUAGUUUAAAAGUGCGUGAUAUUUUCAAAAAUUGUAUAACAAAUUUUUCCAUACGCUCGGUUCUUUUUACCGAUCAAUUUUGUUUUUUUAUGUUACUUUAAACACCCUUGCUUCCAGCAACCUCAAAAUGUACCGUGAACUGAUGAAAUGACGCGCGUGAUUGGUGCCAGAACAGGUAUGAGUGGGGUAAGUUUGUCUCAUUAUAUUUCCUAAACAAGCACCGUGACCUAUCUUUUAAAUUGUAUUUUUCGAAACAGAUAUUGGUAAGGAACAUUUAAGGAAAGUUUAAGAAAAACUGUUCCAUGCCUAUUUUUUCUGAUGAAUCACCUUCAAGGAAAAACCUCAGAACUAUUUCGACAAAUGUUUCAGCAUACGUGGGGGACUGCACUAUUUUGUUUCAGUAUGCGUUUAAGCGAUGAUGAGACAAACAUAAAACCGAAGGAUUAAAAAAAUAAUAACGGUAAGCACCCCAACUGUGUCAUGUACAUUUAUUUUCAUUAAAGUACUCAUGUCAUAAAGGGAACAUUAUUGAAGAGGAUAUCUCCUCUGGAGGCAGAUCUCUUCUUUGGCCUUGCAUUCAAAGGAAGGUUUGCUAAUGGAGAUGCUAUUUGCUAUUUUGGUAACUACCGGUCACGGAGUACAACUGACAAAAUUUCUUUCACAGAAAAUAGCUUCACAAAUAACAGCAAAAAAAUUACUCUCCAUUGAUUAAAGUCUGUACUCUGGCUUCAGGGGGCAACACGUACGCGCACUCUUCAAUUACUUAAAUCCAGGCUGCUUCUCAAUUUUUGGGUGAGUAAUGACCGCGGAAAGACUGAGUAGAAGUUCAAACAGCCAAUCAAAUUUCAGCUUAUUUUCAAGGAAUACAUAUGACCGGUAGGAGCCAGAGUGCAACAGUUUCUUAUUUGUGUAAGUGGGGUACGCCGUCAACACGAGAGAUCUCUCCAUAAAAGUACGGUUUUCUGGCAAUACACAGUUAAAACUUUACCGAAGAAAGUUGUAUUUCAUUUGUUAAAAUCGAGAAGGUAAGCUGAGUUUCUCAAAAACACCUAAUUGAAUAUUUUUUACUCUUAUUUUUCAGUAUUAAAAUUUCGACUUCCUCUUUGACGAGAAGUAGCAUACCAAAGGGCGCUGGACGCAUUUGUUUUCUUGUUAUUGCAUAUAUGAUUUUAUUUUCUCUUUUUCUCUUUUACAGUCUUGAAAAUGGCUAAAACUCUCAAUUCUGAUGGCGCUUUACUGAAUAAAAUGGAGGUGAGUUUACGGACUGUUUUCCAACUUAAUUAUAUAUUCAAACUUCCUUUCAGCUCGGCGAGGUGAAGCUCUCCUCAGCCCUAAAAAAUCAAGUCGUUAAAAAAGACAUCAUCCUCGAUUCGAACGUUUCACACCAAAAUUCAGAAUAUAUAUUUCGUCAAAGGUAUUCUUGGUGCAAUAUGGUGAAAAGACAGAAAUAACUAUUUUUGUCACUAUCGCGAGGUGGUUAGAACUUCCUGUUUCCUUUGAAAUCCCCCUCGCGCAGCAGAUGGUUCGAUUUUGUUUUCUCUGUUGGUAAUGCGAUGUUUGAAUUUUAUUUUCCUUUUUCUUUUAGUGGUUCAACUAUCUAACCACCUGUAAAAUGGAUCGGUUUGCACAGAAUCUUCUUCAUGCAAACCAACCACUCGUGCCCGAAGCAACUCCGGUACCUGGAUUUGAGCGCUUGAUAUGUGCUCCUCACAUCAGUCGAAAUCAGAAAAUUCACACCAUGAGGCAACCAGGUUUGAAGUCGCUAUAUUUAUGUCCUGAAUCAACCUAAAACGUUCGUUUUCAGAAUGCCUACUGCGUUCUAAUUUAAAAAUCGAAAGAGGAAAAAGUUUAUAACUUGAAAAUAUUCGAGUUUGUUUGUGUUUUAAUUUGCAGUUGAGUUUCCUCAAGAAAAGUCCUUCUUGGAUGAUCUGUAUGCCCUUCAAGGCGACGAAGUGGAUGCUCUUUUCAAUGGGAUUUCGGCCAGUGGCUUUUCAGACCACUCUGUUUUCAAUCCCGAACCAGAGAGAUAUAAAGGUAUUAUGACCUAAUUUUUACUCAGUUUGCAAUUGUUGUGUUUUCCGUUUUGAAAACGUCAUUCCUUGUUUCCAAGGCGACCUUAUUCUAAUUGGUUUCGAGUCUCUCUUCAUUGACACCUGGUCCAAUUCCUUAAGACUUCCUGUUUUCGUUUUUCAAAAUCGUCAGCCUUAUUAUUCAAAUUUUGACUUUGUUUUUUGAAUUUUAUGUUUUUUACUUUUUAGUAUGACCGCUUAUUAAAUUCUCAUUCUUAAAAACUGAUAGCAUGAUUCAGACUUAAAGGGAAUAAAGGAAAGACAGAUGCAUAUUGGUUUUCUAUCAUUAUCAUGAAGUGUUGCAUCAUGUCUAAAAUUAAAAGAGGAGGUGAUUAUUUUUUAAGCGGUUGCUGCUUAAUCUUUUUCUCCCCACAUCUUAUUUACACCUCCCAAAAUUUAUUAAUUUCAGCCAUGAACUUGUGAUAUUAAACCAUUCAAAAUUAAAUUUCCUCAUGUUUUGAUUCUUAUAUUCUCAUCACUCAGUUGAUUAAAAAUCAGUACACAUUGAAUGGAGAAGGUAUGUGGAUCAGUUCUGGUUCAAAGGAAUAUCAAGUUCGCACAUGUUAAAUCAUAUUACAUGUUUAUUUAACAUUCCUUUCAUUUUUCAGAUAUUGAUCACCUACCAGACCCAGCAGUCUUUGAUGGGCUGCUAGAUGAAGUACCCACUGUGCCAUAUACACCCAGUUUUGUCCCAUUCGUCUCGAAAGAGGAGGCUAAGUUCCAAGUUUGUGGUGAUUCAGUGUACAAUUCACCUGCUAGCAGCAGCCCUCCCUACAGUCCACCUACCAGUGAAUCUGGUUCAAACACCAGUGCUGAUGAAGGGAUUCAAAGUGACCUUGAAAACAUUGAUGGUUAGUGAAAAGAAACCUCACCAAAACAUACAGACACUAUUGGACAUAUAAGAACAGCCCAGUGACUUGACUGCUUUAUUCAAACCUGUUUUCUUAAAGGGUAUUACUCAUAGGUGUGAAUUCUAGAAUAUUUUGUGUUAUGAUAACCAUUUGAAUUGUUUCUUCUGCAUGUAAACUUUGUUUUAGAUUUUUUUCUGGAUAGAGUGAGUCAAUCUGCGGAGUCACCCUUAUCAGUAAAUGGUGAAGCUGUCACAUGCAAUAUUAAACAAGGUAUCAUCAUUUUAUUCUCAUUUUGAGUAUCUUUAGUAUUGUGAAUUGAUAUCUUGAUUUUUACUCUAUUAACUCUAAUUUUUAACAGAAUCAACUGUGUCAGCUGUUGUGCCGAAGCCAGUGAGGAGACGAAAGCGUGGGCCAAGACCACUGGUCAAAUAUCGAGGUAUGUGCAAUAAGUAUUGCAAGUUUGACACCUUUUUAGUUCUUUUUCAUCUCUAUUUCCUUCUUGUGCAAUAACACAAUUUGUCCAAUUUUAAGGUAGGAACUUGUGUUUUUCCAUCUUUUAGGUGAUGGACCAAUUCAACUGUGGCAGUUCCUACUGGAGUUAGUCACUGAUCCUAAAUGUUCAAAACUGAUCAAGUGGACUCAGGAUGAGGACUACGAGUUCAAGAUCCUUCAGCCCUCAACAGUGGCCAGGAUGUGGGGGAAAAAGAAAAAUAAACCAACCAUGAACUAUGAGAAGCUGAGCCGCGGUAUCCGUUACUACUAUGGAAAUUCAGUAAUUGAGAAGGUUCAUGGAAAAAGAUAUGUUUACAGGUUCUUGUGUGAUAUCCCCAAAAUUCUUGGCUAUGAUCCAAUGGCCAUUAAAUGUGAAGACAUUGUGGAUGAUGCUGUAUGUGGAGAAGCUGUACCUGAAGUCAAUGAUACACCACAUGUUGCUCCUUCAGUUGAAGAUAGCUUUCUUGCUGGAUAUCUUGACUUUAGUGUACUUUAUAGUUAAAUUCUUACAGUUUAUGUUGAGACCCAAAACGUUAUGUAACGUUAAGUUGUGUUACUGUUAUUGCAGUUACUGUUAUUGCUGUGACACUUUUUGUAGCUUGUAUCAAGCAGAUUAUGUGGUAGUCAGCCCAAUGAUUUAUAAAUCGUAUCGAUUUUAUCCAAGCAAAUGUUGUGAAGUAAAUUGUGCAAUCACUCUGCCACAUCAAAUUUGGUAAGGGCCCAGAGGGAUUGGAUGGUUUUCUUUGCAAGAUUUGCAAUAAACUGCAUACUUUGUAUGUGCCCUGUGAAAAUAAAAAGAUUGUAUUUGUAAGUGUGAGAUAUAUUUAGACGAAUGAAAGGAAAUCUGUUUCCUUUUAUUCUUUGCCAUUUUGAAGGUCUUGCGAUGUCUUGUGGAUGCUGGCAUGAAAUGCUAUGAUUAUAGUUACAUCAAUAUUGUAAAAAAUACAUAAUUUCAAUAUUUACAUUAGGGCAUGAGCUGCAUAAUCCAAGGCUCACUCAGGUGUUAAAAGGAAUGAUGAAUCUGUCUGUUUCCUAGGAAGUUGAAAAAUAUUUGCCAUAUCUUUGAAAGUUAUUUCUAUACACAAUUUAAAGUAAUAAAUAAUUAUUGUUACACUGAACCAGUGAGCACUGUACUUUUUGCCUUCAUAUUGCUACCAGGUAGCUUUAUUUGUUACAAAUUAGUGUCUGUAAUAUGCUAUUGAGUGGGUGGAAAUAAAAUGCUUCUUAAAUGUACUUGAAUGUGACAGUUAUCUGAAUAUGUAAUUAUUGUAUAGCAGAGCGAUGGUUUUGUGAUCAGGUUGUAGUAAUACAUUGUCACAGUAGGUAUGUGAUGGUGGUUGAAACUUGAGAAUAUCAUCUCACAGUUGAACUCUUAGAGUCAUGGUCAAGGUACUAGUUUUUGACAUUUGGAGAUAUCUCAUCUCAACAGAUGCUUGAUAAAAACUUGGUUUCAGCUAGGUCUUUAAAAUCUUUCUGAGAGAAAUCAAUCUGGAUAUUUUGUCUCAAGUACUAAGUUGGAUUGCUAUUAAAUUAUAAUUUGGUUUUCUGUCCAAAAUUGAUAAAUAAUUGUAUUUUGUUUGAAAUAUUUCUUUGUUUUUGAUUAUUUAAAUUCAUUUUAGCAACUUUCAGUUGGGAUAACACUGAGGUGAAGCGGUCUC